AUGUCACCAAUGACACAGUAUGGGAGCCAAUGGGCAUUGCUCCAAUACCUGAGAAAAUGCAGGAGAAACAUGGCCAGUAAUAUGGCCAUGUCCUGUGAGCAGCCUCCCCACACCUCUGCCUGCAUCAAUUUUAACACAGGUGGCAAGCACCCAAUGGAAACUGAAGCAAAGAUGGCAAGACACAAUCCAAUAUGCAAAAAAAUUUUCAACAAGAAGCGCAAGCCAUUCAAUUCCUUGAAACAACGACUACAGGGAACUGAUAUCCCAACAGUGAAAAAGAAGCCACCCACAAAGAAUGGACAGGAGAGAAAAUUGAAUUGGAGACAACAGCAUGAAGAUUUUAUUUCAGCCAUCAGAGCCGCUAAACUUGCAACUCGAGCCAUGAAAGAAGGCCGUCCUCUUCCACCACCACCACCUCCGUCCAUUAACCCAGAUUAUAUUCAGUGUCCUUAUUGUAUGAGAAGGUUUAAUCAGACUGCGGCAGAAAGGCACAUCAACUUUUGCAAAGAACAAGCUGCCAGACGAUCCUUUGCCCCAGGCCAGAAGGGAGGCAAACCAGCUUCAGGAAAACAAGGAGUUUCCAAAAAAGAACCAACUUUAACAAAUGCUGUGGGGACACUACUUCAAAAUAGAUUACAAGGGGCAAAUACUGGCCAAUCUGUAACAGGUAAAUGACAACAUAUCUGAAAUGCUUAGAAAUACUGAAUGCUUAAAGUCAUCCCAACAGAACUGCAACAGCUAUAUUUUACCAAUAAUGCCAUAUUUGCAGAUACCAUAUAUCAGAAAUGUCCAACCUUGACAAUUUUAAGACCUGUGGACUUCAACUCCCAGAAUGACUGGCUGGGAAAUUCUGAG